AUGAGACCCUUUCUUCCUCACGACGUUCUCUACUGCAUUAUCCACUACUUCUGCGUCCUCCACCUUCCCACGGCCUGCGAAAUUCUCGACCAUGACUUCCACUCCCACCCUUCCGUUCAACAACUUCUGCAAUUUUGCUUCGUCUCCAAAGCCUUCUACCACGCUGUUAUGCCGCACAUCUUGAAGCAUGUCCCGCUAAGCUUUCAUGAAUUUGAUCGUUGGCCGCAAUGCUUGCAGUUUUGGUCUAGUAAUGAGACGGAAGAUUUGAGGGUGAAGGUGAGGAGGCUGAAGAUUGCUGUCAAGAGCCAUGGAAUUUCGAAGUAUUGCUUUGUCGAGAAGAAUACCCCACAGAAUCAAGCGCUGGCUCUUUCUGCAGCCAAGGAGCGGCAACUACGAGCUUUGAUGGUUGAUUUGAUGAAUCAGCUCGAACUGCCCAUGGUUGGAUUACCCAGCCUGAGGGAGUUGAUUUUUAGCGUUGACACAUUCACCAACGUUUACAGUGACGAUUUCGUUGUCAACAGAACCAUCCCUGACCUUGUUCUUAGGAUUGUCAGGGAUUUUGGGUGUGCCUUGAGCAACGGGAGGUUCGACCACUUGACCAGCCUGAGGGUGAAGGCGCCUGCAGACCAGCUCGUGGAGAUUCUAUUGGACGCAACGAGAUCGAAGCAGCUUUGCGUGAACUUGAAGACGGUUCAUUGUGAUAGAUGUCAGGCGAUCGGCUCCGUGGAAGAUCAGGAUGCAGUGAUGGCCGCCGAAGAGGCGGUUCUGACCUUGGUGGAGCUGUGUCCUAACCUGAAAGAACUUUGUCUUUUCACAUUUCACGAAAUGCCCCAGCUUCAUCCGGAAAACACGGGCUUAGACAAGCUGAUUGUGGGCAGGGUUCUUGUCAAAAAGUGGAAGCCGUUGGCAUUUUUGGAGGACUUGGUGGCGCCCCAUACAUCAGUGGAACUUGAGGACGUCACGUUCGCGCGCAGACGUCUUAUGAGAGACGUCCCGAUUGUGUUUACACCAUCAUGGGGCCAGUACAAGCUCAUACGCCCCGAUUACGAGCUUUUGCAAAAGGAGCUAGAGUGUCACAGCUUACAGGUCAUGGAGGGAGGUAGGCUCGUCUUCCAAGGGCCAACGGCGCUGUGA